AUGGCAUCCCAAGAUCCAGCCGCCAAAGAUGCCGCCAUGAAGCAGCGCAUCAUCACCCACAUGAACAACGACCAUCAAAUCUCCCUCUCCUACUACCUCAGACACUACAAGAAGCUCUCCUCGCGCGAAGCAACCUCUCCAACACUAACCGACAUCAGCUUCGCCGCCAUGACGAUCGAGACCGGCGAGAAGAAAUCCUACACCAUUGCCAUCAACCCCCCAAUGAAGAGCUGGGCAGAAGCUCGCGAACGAACCGUCGACAUGGACCGCGAGGCCCGCGAAGCCCUCGAUAUCAGCAGCAUCAAAAUCACCGAGUAUGAGCCUCCUACAAGUCUGCAGCAUUGUAUCAUAGCCACGUUUUGCGCUGUGGCCAUGAUGUCUUUUGCUGCGCAGAGGGUGAUUGUGCCGGGAACAUUGGUUUAUGAUCAGGUUCUAUCGCAUUUCCCUGGUGGCGCGGCGAAGUACAUGGCGAUGCAGAAGUUGGUUGGAGGCAUUAUUUGGGUUGCUCAUACAGCGGAGGCGUUUUUGUUUGACCGGAAGAAAUUGAGCAAAUAUGGUGUUGAGAGGGGUUCGUCGCUUUGGUGGAAGUGGAUAGCAAGUGUCGUUCUAGAGGGACAGGGUGCUUUUCAAAGGGUUGAUGCAACGGUUGCGAGCAAGAAGGCAGAGGCGGAGAAGGCCAAGCAUUGA